AUGUCCGGACGCGGCAAGCAAGGCGGCAAGGCCCGCGCCAAGGCCAAGACGCGCUCGUCGCGGGCCGGCCUGCAGUUCCCGGUGGGCCGCGUGCACCGCCUGCUCCGCAAGGGCAACUACGCCGAGCGGGUCGGCGCCGGCGCGCCCGUGUACCUGGCUGCCGUGCUGGAGUACCUGACGGCCGAGAUCCUGGAGCUGGCGGGCAACGCGGCGCGCGACAACAAGAAGACGCGCAUCAUCCCGCGCCACCUGCAGCUGGCCAUCCGCAACGACGAGGAGCUCAACAAGCUGCUGGGCCGCGUGACCAUCGCGCAGGGCGGCGUCCUGCCCAACAUCCAGGCCGUGCUGCUGCCCAAGAAGACCGAGAGCCACCACAAGGCCAAGGGCAAGUAGUGGUCUAAAUGACCAUUUACGGUAGCUCGAGUAAGUCGAGUCCAAACCAAAGGCUCUUUUCAGGGCCACCUAUAUUUUCUGGAAAAGAACUUUAACAUUUGUUUUAUACUAAAUGAGAAAAAGUGGGACGUAGAAAACUUGAGCCAUUCUCAUCUAUCCUCUAUCCCGGGUUGAAAGCAGAACACUACA